CGCCCCGGAGCGGCCUGGGCCCGGAGCCGGCGCUGAGCAAGCCACGGAAUCACAAUCAAUUAGGUUGGAAAAGCCCUCUGAGAUCAUCGAGUCCAGCCUGUGACCGAACACCACCGUGUCAAACAGACCAUGGCACUGAGUGACACGUCCAGUCUUUUCUUAAGCACCUCCGGGGACGGUGACUCCACCGCCUCCCUGGGCAGCCCGUUCCAAUGUUUAAUCACCCUGUAUGUGGAUAAAUUCUUCCCAGUGUCAAAACUAAACUCCCCCUGGCACAGCUUAACACUGUCUCCUCCUGUCCUGUCGCUGGUUGCCUGGGAGAAAGAGGCUGAACCCCACCUGGCUACACCCUUCUUUUGGGUAACUGUAGUGAUGGGACAGGAGGCAAUGGCUUCAGACUGAAAGAGGGUUGGUUUAGACUGGAUACAUGGAAGAAAUUCUUUGCCAUGAGGGUAUUGAGGCACUGGGACAGGUUGCCCAGAGAAGCUGUAGAUGCCCCAUCCCUGGAAGUGUUCAAGGCCAGGCAGGACCCUGAACAACCUGGUCUAGUGGAAGAUGUUCCUGCUCACAGCAGGAGGGUGGAAUUAGAUGAGCUUUAACAUCCCUUCCAACCCAAGUCAUUUUGUGAUUCAGUUAUAAUAAUUACCCUCCUUGAAGGCCCCUUGCAAUUCUUAGCUCUAUCAGAAGUUUGCUUUCUUGGCAGCAUCCCUACAUGCUGGACAUCAUUUAUGUCCUCCUGCUUUGUAGUCUGACUGUGCCUGCAGCUCCCAAAGGAGCCAUCUCUCACUGGGGCUCUGUCUCGUGCUCCCUGCUUUGCCAGGCUCCUGGCUCAGCUGUUUGUUUGCUGAGUGAUUGGCGAAGCUGCCCUGCCUCAGCUGGGGGAGCAGAACAUGGUUCUGAAACUUUGUUUUGUCAACACUCGAUUCUGUGGCUCUAAAAGAAAAAUUUCCUCUGUUUGAUGAUCUCUUUCACCAGAAUGUUUGUGUAAAGUCUUCUGAUCAAGUGCACAAGAUUCAAUCACCCACCCAGCGACUCUGGGUAGGGCAGUUCGAGAUCCCACUGAAAUAAACCCAGGGGCUUGUACACUUUUAACCAUAUUUCAUUUGUAGUCCCAAACUCCCAGUGGAGCUUUUCCCUCCUGCCAAAAAAAUCUAUGGUCAUUUAUGGAGUUCUAUUUUCUUGCUAUUCCCAUGUAUUUCUGAUACACCAGGUCAUCCCUUGCUGAAAGACAAAAGUAUUGUUUUCAGGAUGAUGUACUGCAACAAGGGCUGCAGCAGGCAGCCUGGACAACCAAUUUCAGGCUUGUUUUAUGCAGAGUUUAAUCAAUAGAGUAGUUUGUGCAUAAGAUGAUAUAUCCAUAUAACUACACACAAAGAGAGGUGGCCACAUUUUCAAAAGGAAAAAGAAAGUGUUUGAUUUUUGCUCCUACAUGAGGCAGGGAUUUCAUCUCUUUGAACCCAAUAUCCUUCUGAUGAUUUCUGCCCUAACUGCUUCUUCUGAUUCUGAAGGGAGGGGAUAUCCAUCAAAAGCUGUUCAAAAUAAAACUGAACAAAUAUUGUUCACAAAGUGAUGCCUGAGAUUGUAGUUACCAGAUAGUGUGAUUGCCAAGAAUAUAAAUGGGUUAUGAAACAACAAGCAAGAUUCGUAGAAAGAAGGUGUCUGCAGCAGGAUUUUGGUUUCUGGGGCUGUGAGAUCCUCUUUGAAGAUCAACAUGUAGUUGGGAGAGAUGGAAAUCACCUCACGAAGUUGGACAAAUGUAUCUCUGCUGGUAGGAUGGCUGGUAAGGAGGUCUUUGAACAAGGAAUGAUGGGUGAAGGACAGAAGUCUUCACUGGCCACCACUGCAUGCAGGAUAAAUGGGAAAGACUGUUUAUGGAGUGGGCAUUUGCUUUUGGGUUUGGAUGACCACUGCAUGUGGAUGAAGCAGAAGUUGUGCUGACAGGAGUCUGGUAAUGCCCUGUUGUCCCAGGUGUCCAAGCAGACAUGUAUUGCUGGAAGAUGAUCUUGCUGUGGGCACGGCGAGGUGCAGCAGGUUGGAAGCUGCUCACUCUCAGAGGUGCCCCAGCUGCUGCAGCCCCACUCUCCAAAAGAAAAGCACCAAGGCCUGGCCCUUCCUCAGGGCGGGAGUUUGGGAAGAAAAUGAGCUGUGGAAAGACAUUGCCUUCCCAAGGUGUUUCCAAAAGGAAGCAGCAUGGGCACUCUUGGUGCACCGCCCCGCAGCCACUGAUGUAUGAAUGCUUUGCCUACCCUGACUGCUGCUUGCCCUCAGGAAAGGAGGUGUCAAGGGGCAGUCUCCUGCAAGCUCAGAGAGGAAGGAGGCCUUCUAUUCAUUACAUUAGAUGACUAUAUGAAUGUCAUAUUCCUUUCUGACCAUAGACAUCUAUAAAGCUUGGGUGGUCCCUUCCUCUUAGGAGUGGGAUGCAAUACUUGCUCACAGGAGCUGACAAGGAAAUUGGUCCAUGUGAUAAACUGGAUUGGGCAGUCCCUGUACAAGGGUGUAGUGCUAGUUGUCCUAGUUAUGUCCUCUCCCAAGAUCUUGCCCACUCCCAACCUCCUAAUGGGGGGAAAAUUCAAGUAACAGCACUGAUGCUGUGCCAGCACUGCUCAGCAGUAGCCAAAAAACUCGCUCUGUUAUCAACACCUUUCUAGCUGCAAAGCACAGCACUGUGAGGGCUGCUGUUGGGAAAAUGAACUCCAUCUCAGCCAGACUCAAUACAAGGGGUGACCUGAAAAAGGGGCACUGGCAGUAUCCCCUCCCUGUUGGACUGUAAAACGAGACUGGAGGCCUUGGCACUUUGGCCACAUUUCCUUUCUCUGCUGUCUUUUCUCCUGAGUGUUGCUAACAGAACAUGCACAGUCUGCAGGGGCUGGGCUUGAAGGUCGUGGGAGUCAUUUGCCAGAGGAAAACCAGGAGGGAAACCACGGCCCAGCUUUCUUCUCUUUCUUCUAUUUCAUUUCCUUAUUAUUAAUUUCUGUUGGAUUUUGCUUCUACCUGACAUUUCCCAUGGCAACUGCUGCAUUUUCCAGGCAUCUCAGUGUUGGUUUGGCGUGAGGGGUCCUGAACAAAUCCCACCAGGAGCUAUCACCCUGCAUGACUUUUUCACAGCUGUCUCUCUUUCUGGGGAAGUCAAACCUUUUUUUCUGCAUGUUUUAAUUAUAUGUUCUUCACAUUGCAAUUUCAACAUAUCACUCUCUCUGACAGAUACACCAUCACCUUGAUUUACACUAAUAUAUCUCUCCUUACACAGAGGAGGAAAUGAGAAAGUAAUGAGGAAAUGAGAAAGUAAUGGUCAUAUUUCAAAACCACCUACAGUGCAGGUGGCAUAAAGUCUUGUCUGACAAUUAUAUUUGAAAGUAGAAAUUUAAAUGAAAUCACUUUAGUAUUUAGCAAUUGACCAACUUCAGAUUAUAUAGCAAGCAGUUUAGCAUAAGGAGGUAAGCAGGCUGCAAUAUUUCAGUUUCUGGGCCCCACUGAGGGCUGUUUAAUUCUACCAUAGCACAGUUGAAAACUUUGUCCAAAAAAAAAAUCCAGGAAAAUGUACAUUUUUUAAUGUAGCUGUUCUUCAUUCUUGUCAGGGCCCUGAGGGCACAAAUAAGCCUUUAUGCCCUGCCCAGCUCCGCAUCCUGGGCUCCAAAACCCUCCUUUUGGCUCAGUGCAGGGCCAUCAGUCCCUGCCUGGGCUGUGCUAGAGAUGAGGAGCCCCCAUGGGCACAGUCCCAUCCCUAGGGGAGCUUCCCUGCUAAUGCUGCAUCCUACAAGUCUUCUUUUGCAUUUUUCUACUAGCAUGUGCUCCUGUACAAAUAUUUAACAAACAUAAAAUAGCUAUGAAAUGGUAUUGAUACAGGUGUGAUACGAUGGGCAGAAGAGCACAAACUGCAAGUUGUGCAAUGGGCUCUGUGAGAAAUCUCUGUAUCUGUAGGGGUUGACCAAGGAAGGGUUUCAGGGUCAGCCCCUGCCUGGCCCAGCCCUGUCUGGGACAGCCAGAGUGAAGACCUUGGUUCUUGGCUUUCCCUCAUUUGCACAGCAGCACAGCUCACUCUCUACUUCAUACUCCUUUCUUUCUCCCAACUUUGUGGGACUUGGAGUAAGUCUUAAUACAAACGAAGAUGCUGUUUAAUGUGAGGAGCUUUGUCAGCAUUGCAAAACUAACAGGGACCAGGAAGCAGCUGCUGCGACAGUUCUGGUAUGGGCGACCAGCUCAAAUGAAUGUUCAUCUGAAAGGUCAGGACCUCCUUACUCUACAGAACUACACAGCAGAUGAGCUGAAGUAUUUGCUGUGGAUGGCCUCAGAUUUGAAACAAAGGAUAAAGUACAAAGGAGAGUAUUUACCUUUGAUGCAAGGAAAAUCUUUGGCCAUGAUUUUUGAGAAGAGAAGCACAAGAACAAGAUUAUCUGCAGAAACAGGAUUUGCUCUCCUUGGAGGACAUCCUUCCUUCCUUACAACACAAGACAUACAUCUGGGCACUAAUGAGAGUCUCACAGAUACAGUGAGGGUGCUGUCCAGCAUGACAAAUGCAAUCUUGGCUCGAGUUUAUAAGCAUAAUGAUCUGGACCUAAUGGCAAAAGAAUCCACGAUCCCAAUAAUCAAUGGACUGUCCGAUUUAUAUCACCCUCUCCAGAUUUUAGCUGAUUACCUAACCCUUCAGGAGCACUAUGGUGGGCUGAAUGGACUCACUAUCACCUGGAUUGGGGAUGGAAACAAUGUCCUCCACUCCAUCAUGACAAGUGCUGCAAAGCUGGGAAUGCACCUGCGUAUUGCCACUCCCAAGGGCUUUGAACCAGACCUCAGAAUAACUAAAAUAACUGAACAAUACUCUGAAGAGUAUGGUACCAAGUUUCUUCUGACAACAGAUCCUUUAGAAGCUGCAGACGGUGCUAAUGUCUUAGUUACAGACACAUGGAUAAGUAUGGGACAAGAAGAGGAAAAGAAAGAAAGACUAAAGGCCUUUCAAGGUUAUCAAAUUACAAUGCAGACUGCAAAAUCUGCUGCUUCCAACUGGACUUUUUUACAUUGUUUACCCAGAAAACCCGAAGAAGUUGAUGAUGAAGUAUUUUAUUCCCCACGGUCAUUGGUUUUUCAGGAGGCUGAAAACAGAAAAUGGACAAUUAUGGCUGCCAUGGUUUCCCUGCUGACAGAUUACUCACCACAGCUACAAAAACCUACAUUUUGAUGCUUGGAUUCCUACCAGGAGAAAAAUAGUCUUCAUUGGCAGAAUAUUUUGGUCCUCAAACACGUAGACCUUCUUCAGAAAGGAUCAAGGCAAUGAAUGAUAUUUUAAUAAAACCACAUAGUUUGAUGUAUAACGUUGCAUUACAUUCGUGAAAAUGUUCAAGACAACAGACACAAUUUCAGAAGCUGCUUUUCACCUGGAUGCUCCAAGCUGGCUGUCCUAGUGAUCAGCAUCACGGAAAACAUUCCAAGGUCGUACCUUAAUGAUUGGGUCUACUGGCAGCAUAGGCAUGGCACAGUUUACACGUAGCUGUGUUUGAACUUGUGUGGUGUGAUAUGACAGACAUAAACUUCUCUCCAAACCUGUGCCUUUCACUGCCUAUUUUGGGAAGUGUGCAGGAGAAGCAGUGCUUCAGUUUGCCUUGGUUUCCUGGGUACCCUGGCUCCUGUUUCUGUCCUCCAGCCAACCUCUAAACCCCACUUCUGUUUGACACCAAAAAUAUAGAGACCUUGGGAGUAUUAUCUUCCUCCAUGACAUUCCUGUGGGCUGGCACAGGGGGAUAUUGCUGUAGAGUUGGAAUACAGCAGUUUCCAGAGUUGGAUACAGCAGAGAUGGAUGGCUGGAAGGAACUGGUUCAAUCUUUGCCUAUCUGCCCUAGACUCUCAUUCCCUAAACAAAAUUCUGGCUAAAGAAGCAAAUUUUCUAUUUCCUUUUUUUUUUUUCCUAAGCAGACAUGAGGGGCACCACAUGAUGAAACUUAUGCAGCUCCCUUGCAGAAAGAAUUUACUGCAUUUUGUCUGGCACUGUAAGACAGCGUACAUUUCAGAUAAUCCUUCUCAGUAAUAAACAG